AUGGAAUUGAUGAGAUUGGAUUUAAUCACCAAACUUAUCUCUGUAUAAUAAAUAAUACGUGUGUAAAAUUCAACAGUGGAUAUGCUCCCCGAGUUCCACGUACUAUUUAUAUAUAUUCGGCUCUGUUCAUAAUAUUUUGAUUUCUUUGAUUAUUCAUUUUCCUCUGUUCCCUUCUCUAAGUUCUCUUCUGCAAUCAAUCACCACGCAAGGGGUUUAAAACAGGUACUUAAAAAUUUAAAAAUUCUUCGUUUCAAUUUUCUUAUUAAAUUUUGAUUCCAGUUGCUUUUUUACUGUUCAUAAUCUGGGUUCAAUUUUUUUGACUGGUUUUCUUCAUUCCCCAUUCUGGGUUCCUGUCUGUCGAUUGUCACUCCUUUUACUUUUUUUUUUUUGGGGGGGGCAUUCAAUUAUUUAACCUUGAUUAUCGUACUAGUUUAGUCCUAGUAAUUAGAACUAUUAAUGUGUUAUCAUUUGUUUUGUCUAAUCCUAACAAUCAAUCAUUUUUGAACAUUGAGUUAUGCCCUUCCACUUCCAGAGCCAGUACUGAAACCAAAGCACAUUGUUUCUGUCAUUGUGUUUUUAGUAUGAGACUCCCUCUGUUUCUUGGUUCCAGGUUGGUUAUUCAUAUUAGAUUCGAGAUAAGGAGGAGGGUUACGUUAAAUUGACCCGUCAGCAUAGAACUUUGUUACACCCAAUAGUUUGUGUUGUAAUGUCAAGAAAAUGCGAAUAGCUAGUCCCAAGUAAUAGAUGUGAAUUUUGCCCUCUUCUUUUUUUUUUUUUUUUGUCAUUUUGUAUUACAGCCCGCCAUGAUGCCAAGUUGCCCGACUUGGAUGCGUAUUUGCCGUUGAAAUGUAUUAGAUUCCGCCAUUGAAUUGAAUAAGGCCUUUUUUGUUGACUUCUUAUUUUCAGCAAUAAAUUAUGUCAUGUUGCCUGAAAAAAGUUAGCUGGAUGAAUUACAAGAAACAGGUUACCUGUCUAAUUUUUCUGCAGAUGAGGAAAACUAUCACACAAAUUUAUGCAUUCUCUCAUUCGUUCGAUCCUCUUGAAAAAGGAUUCAGUGUACUUGAAUGGUAUAUUUAUUAUAAGGGGAUCUCCUUUCCUGGAAAAGGAAUACAGCAUUACCUCAGUUAUAACUAUAAUCUAAUCAAAAGUUCCUUGUACCUAAAAACUUUUUUGAGUUUCUGUCUUUUCUAGGAGCUUCUUCAAGUGAGGAAGUGCCUUUUUUCCUCACUGAAAAUCCACCCUUCAAACUAUGGCUCCAAGUGCUGGGCAAACAUGCCCACCUCCAAUGAAGGCUACAUCAAAUGGUGUAUUUCAAGGUGACAAUCCACUGGAUUUCGCCCUCCCGCUUGCCAUAUUGCAGAUUUGCCUUGUUCUUGUCAUCACAAGGGGUCUUGCUUAUCUUCUGAAGCCGUUGCGGCAGCCUCGAGUGAUUGCAGAAGUUGUGGGAGGAAUUUUGCUUGGUCCAUCAGCUCUUGGAAGAAGCACUAAUUAUUUGAAGACAGUUUUCCCUCCCAAGAGUAUUACUGUACUGGAUACUCUGGCAAAUAUUGGUCUUCUGUUGUUUCUUUUUCUGGUAGGGGUGGAGCUGGACUUUAAAUCUCUGCACAAAACUGGGAAAAAGGCUCUCGGUAUUGCCAUAGCAGGGAUCUCGGUCCCUUUUGGAUUAGGAAUUGGUUCAUCAUUUGUACUUCGUGCCACCAUAGAAAAAGGUGUCGAUGCCUUAGCAUUCCUUGUAUUCAUGGGGGUUGCUCUUUCAAUUACAGCCUUCCCAGUGUUGGCCCGAAUCUUGGCUGAACUGAAGCUGUUGACAACUGAUGUCGGAAAGUUAGCCAUGUCUGCCGCUGCAGUCAAUGACGUGGCAGCUUGGAUACUGCUUGCCCUAGCCAUUGCCUUAUCUGGUGACAAGCUUUCUCCUCUUGUUCCGUUAUGGAUCUUCCUCUGUGGUUUUGGCUUUGUAGUCUGCUCAAUUUUUCUGGUGUCGCCAAUUUUUAAGUGGAUGGCAAGGCAAUGUCCUGACGGCGAGCCAGUUCGCGAGGUGUUUGUAUGUGCUACAUUAGCUGCUGUACUCGGAGCUGGAUUCAUCACCGAUACAAUUGGAAUUCAUGCAAUGUUUGGGGCAUUUGUCUUUGGAGUUCUCGUUCCUAAAGAAGGUGCAUUUGCUGUCGCAUUGGUACAAAAAGUCGAGGAUUUGGUAUCCGGUCUUUUCCUGCCAUUAUUUUUUGUUUCCAGUGGAUUGAAAACAAAUGUUGCAACCAUCAACGGGAUUCAGUCAUGGGGUCUCUUGGUUCUUGUAAUAUUUACAGCUUGUUUUGGUAAAAUUUUGGGCACAUUCAUCGUUGCUUUACUCUUCAAGGUGCCUGCUUCUGAAGCACUUGCUCUUGGUGUCCUUAUGAAUAGCAAAGGUUUGGUGGAACUCAUUGUCCUCAAUAUUGGCAAAGACAGAAAGGUUCUGAACGAUCAAACAUUUGCAAUCAUGGUCCUAAUGGCUCUGUUCACUACCUUCAUCACCACUCCUCUGGUGAUGGCUGUCUAUAAACCCGCAAAGAGAAUGAAAAAAGUGGACUACAAGCACAGAACAAUAGAAAGGAAGAAGCAAGACACCGAGCUUCGAAUCCUUGCUUGCUUCCACAGUGCUAGAAACAUCCCAUCCAUCAUAAAUCUGUUUGAGGCAUCGCGUGGCACUGAAAAGCGCGAAAACUUAUGUGUUUAUUCAAUGCACUUGAUGGAGCUCUCUGAAAGAUCAUCUGCCAUACAAAUGGUACAAAAGGCUAGGAAAAACGGUCUGCCUUUCUGGAACAAAGGUCGAUACGAGGCUAACAAUGUUAUUGUUGCUUUUGAGGCAUUUCAACAACUGAGCAAAGUUUCAGUCAAGUCAAUGACAUCUAUCUCCUCAUUCUCUGACAUGCACGAAGAUAUUAUCACAACUGCUGAGAGGAAACAGGCAGCAAUCAUAAUUUUGCCAUUCCAUAAGCACCAAAGGUUGGAUGGUUCCCUGGAAACAACCCGGCCUGAAUACCGUGCAGUUAACAACAGAGUUCUUGAUCAAGCUCCUUGCUCAGCUGCAAUAUUCGUGGAUCGCGGGCUUGGUGGGAGCGCGCACGUAUCUGCCAGGAAUGUAUCGUAUCAAAUUGUGGUUCUUUUCUUUGGAGGACAUGACGACCGUGAAGCUCUUGCUUAUGGAACUCGCAUGGCAGAGCAUCCUGGAAUCAGUCUAACAGUAACACGUUUCACAGUGAAUGCUAGAGCUAUUGGAGAAAUACACAGAAUCGAUGCAGAUACUAGCGAAGCUUCAUCCGAUGCAUCAAAUUCACCCGAUGAAGAGGCCAUUGCUUGCUUUAAGGACAGAAUUUCUGGAGACGAUAACUCUGUCAAGUACGAAGAAAUAGCUGUUCUGGGUUCGGAUGAAGUUGUUACAACAAUGCGCGGAUUUAGCCGAUGCAAUCUGUUCUUGGUGGGCAGAAAACCUGAAGGUGAAGUAGCAUUGUCUGUGAAUGGAGGGAUUGAGUACUCUGAACUUGGGCCUGUUGGGAGUUUGUUGAUCAAUCAGGAGGUGGUUUCAACAACAGCAUCAGUUUUAGUUAUCCAGCAAUAUCAUAAUCAGGCUCCUUAAUAUUUUGGGGGCAAGUGUAGAUUUGGUUGAUCAUCCUUACAGUGUUGAUUAACUCCUAGAUACACUUGGAGACUGGAUUGCAUUUUAGUAGAUAGUAGUAGCAACUAGGAAAAGUGUCGGUCUCCAUGAAAUCCUUCAUCUAAACUUUUAUAAGAGAUGAUGCUUGGUUAUGUUAAUUGGUCCUAAAUAAGAAAUGGAGAAAACUGCCUAAACGAGCCCUCUAAUUCUAUUAUGUUAUCUGGCUUUCUCAUUGUUUUCAAAUUAUUUCGAGUUCCAAUCAGGAAUGUAACGGC